AUGGACGCGUUGAAUCUUCAGCGGGAUCUGCAGAGGCGUCCGGGCGGGACGGACGGGCCCACUGGGGCGCCUGCUCCGCGCCCCGUGCAGCGCCGAGCUGCAGACCGGCUCUGGAGCCACCUGCCCUGGCGCCCGAGCCAGCGACUUCUGUCGCCCCAUUUUCUCCCCAGGAAGACGGAGGCCGCAGCGGCUAGCCGCCAGGUGCGGAAGCGAGUGGAUCUCCAACUGGCUGCUGAGCUUGGGAAGACCCUGCUGGAUCGGAACACAGAAUUGGAGGAUUCUCUUCAGCAGAUGUAUACAACCAAUCAGGAGCAGUUACAAGAAAUUGAGUAUCUGACCAAGCAGGUGGAGCUUCUGCGGCAGAUGAACGAACAACACGCAAAAGUUUAUGAGCAAUUAGAUGUCACGGCAAGAGAACUGGAAGAAACAAAUCAGAAACUAGUAGCUGACAGUAAGGCCUCACAGCAAAAGAUUCUGAGUCUGACGGAAACAAUUGAAUGUCUGCAAACCAACAUCGAUCAUCUUCAGAGCCAAGUGGAAGAGUUGAAGUCGUCUGGCCGAGGGAGAAGGAACCAGGGAGGAUGUGGCCAGCAGAAACCGGCGCCCAGCUUCCCGUGCCUCAAAGAGCUGUACGACCUCCGCCAACACUUUGUGUACGACCACGUGUUUGCGGAGAAGAUAACUUCCCUGCAGAGUCAGCAGAGGCCUGACGAAGAAGAAAACGAACACCUGAAAAAAACAGUGGCAGUGCUCCAGGCCCAGCUGGGCGUGGAGCGGCAGAAGCGGGUGGCCCUGGACGAGGAGUACGGGCUGGUGCUGACAGAGAACAGUGAGCUGGAACAGCAGCUGGUGGCCAUGGAUGCCUGCCGAUCCCGGGCACUGGAGCUAGAGGCCGAGGUGAUGGAGAUGCGACAAAUGCUGCAGGCGGAGCAUCCUUUUGUGAAUGGAGUUGAGAAGCUGGUGCCAGACUCACUGUUUGUCCCAUUCAAAGAGCCCAGUCAGAGCCUGCUGGAAGAGAUGUUCCUGGCUGUGCCAGAAGCCCCCAGAAAGCCGCUCAAGCGCAGCAGCAGUGAGACCGUGCUAAGCAGCUUGGCUGGGGGUGACAUCGUGAAGGGCCAUGAGGAGACCUGCAUCAGGAGGGCCAAGGCCGUGAAGCAGAGGGGCAUCUCCCUUCUGCAUGAAGUGGACACUCAGUACAGGGGCCUAAAGGUGAAGUAUGAAGAGCUGCUGAAGAAAUGCCAGCAGGAACAGGAUUCCCUGUCACACAAAGCUGUGCAGACCUCCAGGGCCCCAGCCAAGGACCUGACAGCAGUGAAGGCCCAGCCUGAGCCUGCCGCUGGGAGCUGGGAGCCAACCUGUGUGACCCCAGAGCCCAUCGGUUCCCCCACUGCUGCAACGCCCCCAGAAUACAAAGCGCUUUUUAAGGAGAUCUUUAGUUGCAUCAAAAAAACCAAGCAAGAAAUAGAUGAACAGAGAACAAAAUACCAGUCUCUCUCCUCUCAUUCUUAAGUGAACCAACAGCUCUCCUUAUUAAUUUGCUUAUUUCCUAUCACGUCCCUCUCCCAAAGAGACCCAGCCAGAUGUUGCUUGUGAUGUUUGCCUCCUUGCUGUGCUUAGUUAGCAGAUGUAUCUGGCGAGGGAAGCUGGUGGUGAGUGGUGCCAGUUGUUGUGCAGUUUAGUCCCUUUGAGCUCUCCAGGAAAUCCCAUGACAAACUUGCCUCUGGCUGGUGCACUAUUGUGGCUUCAGCUCUUGGAAGAUCCCCCAAAGUAGAGGAGACAAGACCCUGGAGAAGUGGAGAUCUGUAGUAACUGUGUUGUUGUUGCCCUAGACUGCAAAAUGAUCCCGACUCAGUGACCUUGGAGGACAGAGCAGAAGUACCCCACAGGUUUCCAAGGCUGUUUUUUAUGGCAGAAGGAGCACCAGGCCCUUUCUCCCAUGGAUCCACUGGGGGGUUGAUUCAAACUGCUGACAUUUUGGUUAGCAGUAUAACAGCCACUGCACCACCAGUGCUCCUGAUAGCAACUGCAGAAUGGUGGAAAGGGUAGACUCGAAGCAAAGAUAAGGCAACUCCUACUGCCUCUUGGCUUAACUUCUCACAAUUACAUAGAAGCCCAGGAGGGGUCUGCCAAACUGAAAGACCGUGCAAACACUGCUGGACCCUGUGGAUUCACUAGGGAGAAUGUUCAGGAGACAGCAGGGUUCCGUCCAACUAAGUGGCAUUAAUACCCCCAAGCCUUUGGGUUUUGUUCCAUCAAAUACCAGUUGACCCGUGACUGAAGGUAAUCUGUAAUAUAUCUAAAUUGAACUGAAUGCCAAACUCAAACCCUCGAGGCACAAAUUCAGAUAACUUUCACGCACAGCAUUUACUCAAUAUCUAUCUGACACUUAGGAUAGGUGACUAUAUAAAUCUUUAAUUCCUUUUUCAAAUUUAAAGAAGACAGAUCAAAUGGAUAGUUCCACUACAGUGUCAUGAGCUAGCUAAGCUGUCAGCCACAAGCUGCUCUUGCUCAAUUCCUAUCAUUCCUGUGAAUAUUUUUGACAUGCUGCAGAAAUUCCAUCUGCUCUUUUCUUAAACAGUAUUGUAUGUUCUGACUGCAUAAACAUAGUCAUCCUCUUACUUUCAUACUUUUAAUUUAAAACUAUUUAAGUGAACGGAGGUUCAGAUUAUUGUGUAUAUUUUUCUAAAAACCAAAUAAAGCUACCUAUGAAAAUGAA